UUAAAAGAAACGUUUGGAGUAAGAUGGGAACACGGCUAUUUCCAUGGACACUUCAGAGCUGGGGAUGCUAUUAGAGAGGAUGCAGUCUUACAUUCAAGGGAUAAUUAUGACUCUAGUUGCUUCCAGGAUGUGCCAGUGCUAUCGGCUGACGCAUCGUCAAAACCAAGUGAGAACCGCUGCGCUAUCACGAAAUCAAGUUCCCGUCCAUGCAUGCCGAUCUCUACCAGAUAUGACGCCAAUACAGUUUAGGUUGUGCAAGCGGUUCCCUGACGUUACAGCUACGGCCAUGGAAGGAGUUGACGGAGCUAUCAAAGAAUGCCAGAGCCAGUUCAGGAAUGAACGUUGGAAUUGUUCAAAUUUGAAGAGCCCGUAUUCCAGCAGAUUUCUCUCGAGUGGUUUAAAAGAGGCUUCCUUUGUCCAGGCGGCGACUGCUUCCGGGAUUGUCCACCAGGUUUCGCGGUGGUGCAGUACGGGGAAGCUCUCCACGUGUGGCUGUGACACGAAGAUAAACUUCAAACAUAAAGAGAAACAGUUCAAAUGGAAAGGAUGUAAUCACAACAUCGCAUAUGGAGUGCACUUCGCCAAAAGGUUCCUGAAUCGGAAGGAUCUCUCAAGAGACAUCCACUUUUACACGAGUCAGCACAAUUACAAAGCAGGUAUUCUGGCUGUAUCUCAACACCUUGUAAGGCACUGCAAGUGUCACGGGAUGUCCGGCGGCUGCGAGGUGAAGACGUGCUGGCUGGCGGCGCCGAGUCAACGGGACAUUGGUGACAGGCUUAAAGGAAAGUACCGGCAGGCCGUCAAGGUACAGGUAUCCAACACCAAUACAGCAAGCGGACGAUUCGAACCCGUGACCUCUGGUACUAUGACAACAAGGCACAAACAAAAACUAUUCAAAUCGAACUUGGUAUAUUUUGAGAACUCGCCAAGCUUUUGUGAUUCUGAUUCAAAGAUUGACCACCCUGGUACCCAAGGUAGACUAUGCAAUAGAACAAGCACAGGGCAAGAUAGUUGUUUGAGUAUGUGCUGUGGACGAGGCUAUGACACAUUUUUACAGACGACCGUCAACAGGUGUCAAUGCAAAUUUAACUGGUGCUGUCACGUGACUUGUAAGUUGUGUACUAACAGGGAAUGGAAAACCAAAUGUAAAUAGCUUUCAGUAAUGGCGUUUGAGAUUUAGCAAAAAAACCAAAAAGAGAGAUUACGAAGAAACCAUUGCACCCGGACAUUCAAUCUUUGGACAAUCCAAACUUUUACACCAGUACUGUACCAGAGAAAAAAUAUUUUCUUGAGAUUU